GAGAAUCUCCAACACACAGCAGUGGAGGAGAUGAACAUCACACUACCUGAUGUUGUGGCAAACCUGUCACUUCCUAUUGAUCACACAAAGGUCAGCAGGUUCAACAUCUCAAGGGCUAAUGUUUGGGAUGGAGCUGUCAGAGGCUUCAAGCGUACAACAUACUCUGAAACCUGUGACCUGCUGGUCAGAUUUACUGAUGAUGCUGGUGUUUUUGAGGAGGGAAUUGACACAGGUGGUCCAAGAAGAGAAUUUUUAACUCUGCUAAUGAAACACCUGAAAGACCGGCCCAUUUUUGAUGGACCAGAAGGACAUCGGUUCUUGGUCUACAAUGCAAAUGCUGUUAGGGAGGAUGAAUACUUCCUGGCAGGAAAGAUGAUUGCAGUGUCGGUUGUACAUGGAGGUCCAGGACCCCAUUUCCUGUCAGAAGAUCUUGUACAUUAUCUUGCCGGCCAGCCUUCGUUCAAAGCAACAGUUAAUUUAAUAACUGAUGAAGAAAUAGGGAAAGCUUUGCAAGAGAUUGAGAAUGCUGCUUCAUUGGAUGCUCUGCAGGAAUGUAUCAUGAGACACAGCACAAUGUUACAGACAGCAGGCUGUCUGAGACAUGUGGCUGCUGUGGGGGAGAAGAAAGAAGUUGUGGCAGACUACCUCCGAUGGUAUAUUAUUGACCGCAACUCAUCUGUAAUUGACAGAUUCAGAGAUGGUCUUUCAGCCCUUCAGUUUCUUACUGCACUACGGCAACACCCUUCUUUGCUGACCCCUGUCCUGUGCCACUCUGCAAAGCGACUCACUGGCUUGGAACUUGAGAGACUCUUCAAACCUGACCUCAGUCCUUCAGGGAGUAACAGGAGACUAAAAGAAAGUCAAACUUUGGCCUACUGGGCAGACUACCUCCUUGACUGUGAAGAAGGUGAGACUGCUGUGUCUGUGGAGGAUGUUUUGAUGUUUGCAACUGGGCUGACAUCACUUCCCCCUUCUGGCUUGGAACCAUUGCCACAAAUACGGUUCCUGGAUGACUCUCCAUUCCCGAUGGCAAAUACGUGCUCAAACUUGCUGAAAUUGCCACUCCUGGAUUCAUACAGUGUGUUUAAGUCACAAAUGGACUUUGGAAUUCAAAAUAGUCCAGGAUUUGGCUGUUUUUAAACCAUAUGACUGGUUGAACUCUAGAGCUUAGACUCUAAAAAUGUUUUGUUCUAAACAUGCUGUUGUUGUUUGUGCACUUAAAGGUGCGGUUAGGUCUCAGUCAAUUGUUUUAGAUCCAUAAUUUUAAACUGUGGUUGUUUAUGAACCACUGUUUUAUUCAUUUAUUCAGAUUCAUUUUAGAAUGAGAAAAAAACCCAAAAAGAUUUCAGGAGAUUUUGUUCUAUAUGUAAAAUGUAAUAAAUGUAAUAAGAGGUUAUUACUUUGCUGUGUUUUUUAUUCAUCUAUUUCCCACAUUGAAUUGAUGAAGCCAUAGGUGGCAAACUCUGACACUUUUGUGUACAUGUUGCACCAUUACAAUAAAUGUAUCUUCCAUUCAUAGCUCAGCAGUUUCUUUCAGUCUUAGAUACAGUUCAGUUGCAGACUGCCAAUACUCUGGCUUCUGUAAAUAACUGUUCUCCAUGGCCAAGUCCAAAUACUCCUGCAUGCUGGCGUCCCCACAUGGAGCUCUUGUCAGGUGAG